AUGCCCUCCAAAGAGCGGGAAACCGAGGCCGACGCUGAGGAACGCCCUCGUGAGAAGCAUCGUCGCUCCAAGCACAAGGAACACAGGGAUGACAAGGAGCGCUCUCACCGCUCCUCCAAGUCGAGCCGGCCGAAGCCCAUCGAGGGCAGCGAGACACAUUCACACGUGUCGUCGAGGCGACACCAUCACCACCGCAAGCGAGACAAAGACAAGGACAAAGAUGAUGUGAGGAUCCGGUCGACGUCCGGGAGCGAUUUGUUCUCUGGCGUAUCCACAUCUCGCCUUUCGUUCCCGUACCCCUCGUUCAGCAAGGCACACAGCAAGGAGGCUGUCAGUCGCGAGGAUGUGUCGACGCUGAGCCGCCACACCAAUCCUUUUACUCCAGAACCGACAGAUGUUGGCGACGAAGAAGCCAGGCGAUCCAAAUCCUCAGAGCUCCCUCGGAGGUCGUCCACAGUCUCCAAGAAAUCCCCCCGACCCCCAACACCUCCCGAUACCGAUCUGUCUGCCGACAAGAAACAUGACGAAGAAACUCCCAGGGAAGCUGAAGCUGCUGAACCAGGCCCGAAGCCGGAACCAGAACCGGAAGCAAGACCAGACCCUGAACCAGUAUCAGAACUAGGCCCUGAGCCAUCGGUGCUUUGCCCUCCUGAACCAACACCAGAACGCUCUACUCCAGAACGCUCUCCAUCGAAACACGAAACCUCUCCCAACUCUCGACCUAAAUCAAGGGCGUCGACUCUGUCACGAUCGGCCUCGUUGCGAGACGAAAGGUCGAAACUCAGCCAUAAAUCCCGUACAUCGAGCCAGGCAACCUACGUCAAGCACAAAGCACACGAGAAGAUUCGCACAGACUCUCGAGCAUCAAGCCUAUCCCGCCGCUCGUCCAGGGGAUCAAAGGGAUCGCCAUCCACACGAAGCGUACGGGACCGCGAGAGAGGCUCAUCCCCAUCCAGCCCGCGAGACUCGUCUCCAAGAACACCGACCCAAUCGGCGGUACCAUAUACCCCUCACGUGUACGGCACAAUCCAUGGCGAAGCUUCUGCUACGCUCGUAAACGAUGAAGUGACGUCCGAAAUCCCAUCUAAAACCGCCACGCCCGCCUCAGUCGUACCCAGUGCUCCUCCGCCGCCGCCUCCACCGCCUCCUCCUGCGAUUGACAUCCAAGACCUACCACGCGUAGACUACCUUUUGCAGAACGGAGGACUUGCAUACCCAGCACCAAAGAAUUUCCUCCAAGUCCUCCCUCGACAAAAUGGCACCCGUCCUUCAAACCCACCACUCGCUGGCGCCGACACUCUCUUUGCCCCAUUCUUCAACCUCCUCGACCAGUACCAGACCGUCCUCGGAAAGCAGGGGUCUAUUGCUGUAGCCACUGGUCAUCGGUCAGUGGCGCGACGUCUGCUAGACCGACUCGAGAAUGUCUUCUCUCGAGACCUUCCUCCCCAUGGUUGCUCGUGCGUCAUGUGUGAUAAUCAGAGCCACCAGAUUCACCACGGACUUACCUGGGGUGAUGUCCUGGAAUGGGUCAGCGGACGAAUCGAGCUCCCCCAGUGGCCUCCAUUUGACUUGGCCGAAAUUGGCACCAAGGCCGCCGAGAUUUCCGCCGAAGAGCCACUGCGUCCACGGUCGCCCGUGAAGAUGGACCCUGAUAUUGAUGAACAGUUCAGGGAGCAUUACCUGCGCCAGUCGAAGAAGGUGCGGUCGGCAGUGGACAAAUGGCUGACCAACACGGGAGAGACGCCCGUUCCCCCGUCACAGGACGUGGACGAUGAGACGCUUACAUUUGCAAUCCUCACAAAUCUGGACGCUGAUAACCGACCGUUCUUCAAUGCACUGCUUUCUGGAUCAAGAGAGCUUCGUCCAGCCACGAGGGCCCCCACGCCAGCUCCCAAAACCCGCAACGACUUUUUGGUCAAGACCGGACUCUCACUGCAGCGGCUCUACAGACUUCCACAGGCACCGCGCGAUGCCGAGUGCGCCUGUUACCUGAUCAAGAACCCCCAAACCCACGACCUGCUGGUCACGAUGGCAAACAUCAACAAUUCAGAGUGGGAGAUUCUUACUUCGGGAAGAUUUGACGGAUUCUUGUGGUCCGGUGCUGAUGCCGAGGACGCCGGCAGCCCCGCAUUUGACUCGAGAAACACGACACCAUUCUCAAGGCCGGCCUCGCGUGUGCCAUCGUCAACAGGGCUCCGGUCCUUCUCGCCAUACUCACGCGGCACCACCCCUGCAUCAUUCGUGAGCCUGUCCUCAGCCGGGACGAUGGGUGGACGACACCCAGUGUCAAAUGAUGAGGAGAUGGAGAUGGCUGCGAUUGCCGAGAUUGAGCGAGAAAUCUACACUGGCAUGGAGUCUCUAGAGGAUGCCUUUGAGAAGCUCCACCGCCGGGCCGAGAUGGUGAGGACGGCGCUCCGCCAACGAGGCGCCGGGCUGAUGCAAAACCUCCAGAUGAGGAAACGCAUCGACGUCCUUCCUCCCGGCUCCGGCAACUCGAACUCCUCGGGAUACGAGCGACCCGGUUGGGCCACUGCUGGCAGUGAGUUCGACGUGAGCGACAGCGAGUGUGGAAUUGACGACUUUGAGAUCAUGCCCGACGACUCGGCGAGUAACAUCAGCAGCUCGCGACACCGACGACCCAAGAGAAGGACGGAGAGAAGAACUCCUGCUCCUAUCGAGGAAGGGGACGAGGAGUAA